AAAGUGUGUGUGUGUGGUAGAAGAUAGUCUCGAAUCGUUGAAAGGAGUUAUGAAGAUGUUCUUAAGUUAUAUUCUUGGCUUAUAUUUAUUAAUAGAACCGAUACAUGGAAAUGCACAGCAAUGUGACAAGAACGAUUUUGAUGCGAACUCCCACGAGUGCCAAAAGAACUUCAAAGACUUCCUCGAACACCUACAAGCAGAUGUAAAUCUAACAAAUGAACUUUUUGUAGAAGAGAAAUGCUGCGCCUUCGUCAGAGCGGAAACUUGUUUAGUGACAGGAGCUGACGCUUCUGGUUGUCAGGACAAGAAGAAAGAAAUUGAGGACCUCCUCAAUGGCUUUAAGUCUGAAGUUGAUGUCAAGAAAUACUGUUUAAAUUUUGACAAUAGGAAAUGUGUGGAGAAAAAAGACUUACGACUCAAUGGCACAACUAACGAAGAGAAUUGUAGACUAGAAGAGCUUCAAAAGAGAACCACUGAAUGCAGUAACAUUUCGAAACAGGCAAAAUAUAAUGCGGGCGAAGAACGAGAUGAAGUAAAAAGGAAGACUAUGCUUUGUUGUGCAAUGAAAGAGUUGGGUUCCUGUAUGAGUGAAGCAGCGAUAAAGUCAAACUGUGUAAAGAUGGUGGAAGGUAUGGAAAUGAUAGAAAACGCCAGCAUGAAUAUGACCUUCAACGCCACCUGCAUGAAUUUUGAUAGCAGUGUUUGUAAAUCAAAUUCAGCCGAAGUGAAUGUUGGAAUGUUGUCUUUAGUACUAGUUGUGCUGGUAUUUUUAAUACUAAACUGUUAACUGUUAUAUAUAUCAUUGUUAGUUUAUUCUUUGCUAAAUUGAUAAGGUUGAAUUAUUAAACCAAUAUUUCAGAAUAGUUAUAUUGCUAAAUAAAUCUGUAGGGUUCGGCUUCAUAAAACAAACUACAUCUGUGUUUCAUUAUUAACAACUUAGUCUGUAUUAAAUGUAUUUUCG